GCCAGGCAGACGCAGCGGGGAUGUUCCGAGGACCGCUGGACAUUCCUGUAGGACACAGCCAGGGCCGCACUUGCUAGUUCAGAGCUGCGGACCUCACCUAGCACGGACUGAACGGACGAUGGGCUGCUGGGACCCGCUGCUGCUGUGGCUAGGAGCUGCUGGAGCCGUUCUUUGCUCCAGCUCCGGGUCCCAGACGCCCUUUCUGCCAUCCUCGCCUUUGCUGAAGCCAGUCCGCGCUCCGAAAGUCACCACCACGCCUAGCGGGUGGGAGCCAGCCUCCCGCCCAAAUCCUCUAGGUAUGGAAGGGCCAUGGCUGUUCAAUACCUGUGGAGCCAGCGGCCGGCAGGGCCCCACACAAACUCAGUGUGACGCGGCCUAUGCCGGGAGCAGCGUGGCGGUGAUGGUGGGCGUCGGGCCGCUGAGGGGCGUGCAGAUGUGGCGGGCGCCUGGCAGCGGCUUGUACCUCAUCUCGGCGUACGGGGCUGCGGGCGGCCAAGGCGCCCGGAACCACCUGUCGCGGGCGCACGGCGUCUUCCUCUCGGCCGUCUUCGCCCUCCGCGGCGGGGAGCCGCUCUACAUUGUCGUGGGCCAGCGGGGCGAGGACGCCUGCCCCGGGGGGAGCCCCGAGAGCCGACUCGUCUGCCUGGGAGAGCCUCGGGCUGCCGAAGCGCGCGUGGCCGCGACCCAGAGCGUCGCGGGCUGGCCUCGCCCGGCGGGAGGCGGCGGGGGCGGCGGGGGCGCCACCUACGUCUUCCGGCCGCGCGACGGCCUGCUGGAGCCGCUGCUGGUGGCGGCGGGAGGUGGCGGUCGCGCCUACUUGAGUCGGAAAGACCGACGCUGGGCUCUGGCUGCCCGCGAGAAACUCGAGAACCGCUCGGCCGCGCCCGGGAGCGGCGGGAGAGGAGGGGCGGCAGGUGGCGGGGGCGGCUGGACGUCGCGGGCCCCCUCUCCGCAGGCGGGCCGCUCACCGCAGGAGGGGGCCGAGGGCGGCCGGGGCUGCGCGGAGGCCUGGGCUGCGGUCGGCUGGGCAGCGGCCGGCGGCUUCGGGGGCGGCGGCGGGGCAUGCUCUGCGGGAGGCGGCGGCGGCGGCUACCGGGGGGGUGAUACUUCUGAGACUGACCUCCUCUGGGCUGAUGGGGAAGAUGGGGUAUCCUUCAUACACCCCAGCAGUGAGCUCUACCUGCAGCCUUUGGCAGUUACAGAGAGCCAUGGAGAGGUGGAGAUCCGAAGGCACCCCAAUUGCAGUCAUUGCCCCUUGAAAGACUGCCAGUGGCAGGCAGACCUCCAGUUUGCUCAAUGCAUAUGCCCAGAGGGCAUGGAGCUGGCUAUGGAUAAAAUCACUUGCAUGGACCUGCCCACAACUACAAGCUCUCUGGUCCUAAUGGUGGCCAUGGUGGGAGCCUUGAUACUGAGUCUCCCUGUGGUGUGUGCGAUCCUGAUUCUAGUGUACCAGAAGUGGCAGGGCCUACCGGGAACCAGGCUGCCAGGCCCUGAGCUUGAGUUGAGCAAACUUCAAACCUCUGCGAUCCAGACAGCCCCCAAUCCUUAUUACUGUCAGGUGGGGCUUGGCCCAGCCCAGUCCUGGUCUCUGCCCCCAGGGCUCACUGAGGUUUCCCCAGCCAAUGUCACUCUGCUCAGAGCUCUGGGCCAUGGUGCCUUUGGUGAGGUGUAUGAGGGAAUGGUAAUUGGUCUUCCUGGGGACCCCAGCCCUCUUCAGGUGGCUAUCAAGACCCUGCCAGAGCUCUGCUCCUAUCAGGAUGAGCUGGACUUCCUCAUGGAGGCACUCAUUAUCAGCAAGUUCAGCCAUCAGAACAUUGUACGUUGUAUGGGGCUCAGCUUCCGAGCUGCCCCUCGCCUCAUUCUGCUGGAGCUGAUGUCUGGAGGGGACAUGAAGAGUUUUCUGAGGCAUAGCCGGCCACACCUGGGCCAGCCAUCACCUCUGGCUAUGCAGGACCUGCUGCAGUUGGCCCAGGACAUAGCCCAAGGCUGCCACUACCUAGAGGAAAACCACUUUAUCCACAGAGACAUUGCUGCCCGGAACUGUCUGCUGAGCUGCACUGGGCCCAGUCGAGUGGCCAAGAUUGGGGAUUUUGGAAUGGCAAGAGAUAUCUACCGGGCCAGUUAUUACCGAAAGGAGGGCCGGGCCUUGCUCCCAGUUAAAUGGAUGCCCCCAGAAGCUCUCCUGGAAGGCAUCUUCACAUCCAAGACAGACUCUUGGUCUUUUGGGGUGCUGCUGUGGGAGAUCUUCUCACUGGGCUAUAUGCCUUACCCUGGGUGUGGCAACCAGGAGGUUCUGGACUUUGUCAUCACAGGGAGCCGAAUGGGCCCUCCUAGGGGCUGUCCUGGGCCUGUAUACCGCAUCAUGACCCAAUGUUGGCAGCACCAGCCUGAGCUCCGCCCCAACUUUGCCAGCAUCUUGGAACAUCUUCAAUACUGCACUCAGGACCCUGAUGUGCUGAGUUCACCCCUGCCCAUGGAACUAGGGCCCAUCCUGGAGGAAGAAGGGUCUUUGAGACUGGGGAAUGAGUACUUGGAGAACCUAACAGCCCCACAGCCCCAGGACUUCAGUUCAGAGAAUUUGAAAAGCUGGGAAGGAAGCUCUCUUGGUCCCUGGCUGACUCCUGGCCUCAAGGCCCUCAAAUCCAAAGGCCUCCAACCACAAAACCUUUGGAACCCAACCUAUGGCUCCUGAGCCCCAAGAGGCUAUGGAGGUGAAGACUCAGGCAUUGACCUUAGCAAUGACUCCUUCCAUUCCUUCUCAGGCACUUCGGUGGUUUGUUAUUCAAUAGACUUAGCCCCCUGCAGUCCAUUGCAUGCUCAGACCUGUCUCUGGCCUGUCUUGGAAGUAUUGGCCUUUCCACAGUGGAAACCAGCUCAGUCCUCCUUGGGAGGGGACCUGGUCACUCGCAUUCUUUGGGUCCAGAGGCCACCACCCCCCCGCCCCACACCAGGAGUUGGUGAAAAGUCUUGGAUUGCCCUCUCCCCUUGAGGAAGAGAUCUGGGGCCAUACCCACCCUGAAGAUGUUCUAAUAAAAUGCUCUUCUCAUCUUCUUGUUAAUGGA